AUGGCACUCCUCAAAAGCUGUACCAAUAUAGACAAAGAUGUACCUUUUGAAAAGCUGGCAGGAGCAGCUAUUCUGGGUGUGGGGAUCUGGGUGAAGGUGGACAGUGGGUCUAUCCUGAGUUUUCUGCAGAAUACACAAGGAGCUCCAGGUGAGCUGGGGCAGGUGUUGAACGUGGGAUACCUCCUCAUCGCAGUGGGUGCUGUGCUGCUCAUCCUGGGCUUCCUGGGCUGCUUUUUUGUUGUGCAGCUGGCAGGAGCAGCUAUUCUGGGUGUGGGGAUCUGGGUGAAGGUGGACAGUGGGUCUAUCCUGAGUUUUCUGCAGAAUACACAAGGAGCUCCAGGUGAGCUGGGGCAGGUGUUGAACGUGGGAUACCUCCUCAUCGCAGUGGGUGCUGUGCUGCUCAUCCUGGGCUUCCUGGGCUGCUGUGGAGCGAUCAAAGAAAGCAGGUGUAUGUUGCUGCUGUUCUUCAUCAUUAUUCUGAUUGUGUUCAUUGCUGAAGUCGCUGGAGCGAUUGUGCUGCUGGUCUUUAAGCCUCUGGCUGAAAACCUGAUAAAACAGAUGGGAAGCGAAGUUGUGAAAAGCAUGAAAAACGAUUAUGGGAAAAAUAAGGACGUCACUGGACUAUGGAACACGACCAUGACCACGCUGAAGUGCUGUGGAUUCAACAACUAUACAGACUUCACAAAUUCUUACUUUGUGAACGACACCAAGAGUUACCCAGUUCAGUGCUGUAAUAAAGUUCCAUGCACUGAGAUCACAGCUUUUCAUUCGACUAUACCAGGUUGUUUCCCAGCACUGAAGAAGCUGGUAGAUGAUAAUGCAGUUAUCCUCAUAGCUGUAGCACUGGGAAUCGCUGUUCUUGAGCUUGCAGCGAUGAUUGUCUCCAUGAUCCUGUAUUGUAAAACAGGAUCAAAACAGGUUUAAUGUCUCACCUUUAGCUUGAAUAUCUCUCUGAUGACUCCUCUGGGUUACUGAGGACAAGGUGGAUCAUCUGUGAUAAUAUCACUGUGACAUUUUGAAUUGUAUUUAACAAUAUGACAUUACAAAUCCCUCUGGGCGUCCACAAAAAAAGAAAAAGUAAAUUCAGACUGUUAAGCCUAAACUUUGACUGCAAACAUGAGUUUUGAGAGAUCCCAUUGUACCGUACUUAUGUUAAAAUGAGCUGUUUAAGCUGUUUUAAUGUUUAAUGUAGGCCUAUCUGAUUGUUUUU